AUGUUUAAUACAAUGACUACUGCAAGAAAACCAGAAAAAAUAGUUGGAAUUGAUUGGGGAGACCAAUUAAUUAAAGUUUCAUUUAAUAAUAAAAAUACAGAAAAUAUAAUGAAUAUGUAUUUUGGAGUAACAGCAACUGAUCAACCUCCAAGUGCAAUAACAUUAAGUAAAGGUAAACUUUAUACACUUUUUAGUUCAACUACUAAUUCAGAUACAAUUUAUAAUUUUGUUAAUUUAUCUUAUUCAUAUGAUAUGGAUAAAUUUAAUGAAUGUAAAAAUGCUGUUAUAAAUCCUUUAUUUGAUAAUGAACAAGUAGAUUUUAAAGAAUAUGGAAAAAUUUCACGUCAAGCUUUGUUUUCUAUUUUUCUUGAUUUUAUUCAAAAACAAACAAAUUGUGAAAUUGCUUUUAUUUCUAUGAAAAAUUAUCAUGGAGAUAAAUUUAAAACUGACUUAAUUUGUGCUGCUAAAAACCUUGGUAUUAUUUGUUAUUUAAUCCCUUGUUAUGCUGGUUCUAUUGUUAGUUAUAUUAACAGUCAUUAUGAUAAUUCAGUAUGUACACGAGCAAUUCUAGACGUAGGAUAUUAUCAUACAAGUAUUGUUAUCUUUAAUUCUUAUUUAAAUACAGCAGAAGUUCUUUCAAAACAAUGUACAAAUAUUGGUGGUUAUCGUUUUACUCAAAAAUUAAGAGAAUAUAUUAUCUUUAAAGCAAAUGAACAAGGUGUUUCUGAAAAUCAAAUUUCUUCUUCUUGUUUAAAAGAAAAAGUUUCAAGUUUACGUUCUUCUUUCUCUGAAAGAAAAUUAGCUUCAAUGGAUAUUAUUCUUGAUUGUAAAAAUAAUGAAGAUAUUAGAAUUACUGCUACAAAAGAUGAAUUUGCUUCAUUUACUCAAAAAGAAUGUGAAGAAUUAUCUCAAUUUAUUAAAGACUCUAUUUCCCGUUUUCAAAACUAUCCUCAUAGUCAGUACUUUAAUCCUUCUCAAAUAAAAGAUUGUUCUUUAUCAUCUAUUGAGGUUGUAGGAAAAGGAUGGUUAUUAUGUUGUGUUAAAGAUGCAAUUUCUAGUGUUAGUAAUAUAUCAACAUCUCUUGACCCUUCUUUUUCUUCAGCAUAUGGUGCAGGUGUAUUAGCAAAUCAACUUAUUGAUCCUUCAAGGAAAAUUCAAUUUAUUGAUAACUCUUCAAAUACAAUUACUGAUUGUUUAUCAAAAUCAGAUAAAGAAUUUGUAUUGAGAAUGGAUACAGGAGAUACAGCUAUAUCAUCAUCAUAUUAUAAUCCAAAUGGUUCAAUUGAACAACGAUAUAUUAUUAAAUCUGAAGAAAACAAAAGUUUUACUUCUCAAAAAUAUGAUGUGACCUUUUCUUUAAGUAAAUCUCAUGAUCUCAAAAAGUUAAAUGUUGAGAGAGAAGACACUAUAAAACCUGAUGAAGAAAAAGGACUUUCAUUUAAAAGCUUUGAAGAGUAUUAUGAAAAAAAUAGUGAUUUAGUUUAUGACUUAUGCAAAAGAAAAACUAAAUUAUUACUAGCUGUUGCAAAAAAGAAAAAAAGUAUGGAACUAUCAAGAAUAAAAGAAAUCCAAUCAAGUAUUUUAUCUAUUAGAUUAGAAGACCAAGAUAAGUUAAAGGAAAUUGAAAAUGAAUUAAAAUAAUUUUUUUUUUGAAUAUAAAUUUAAUUUUUCUUCUUUAAUAAAAAAAAAGUCAAUCAAUUAUCAGCUGAGUCUGUUGGAUUUGUUCCAUUUGGUUGAGGUUGUGGGAUUAUUGGAUUCAUUUGGGGUGGAGGACCUAUUGGUGGUAUCAUUCCCAUUGGUGGAUACAUUGGAAUUCCAGGUGGAAUUGCUCCUGGAAUCAUUGGUGGAACACCAGGAAUAACUCCAGGAACAGGAAUUUGUCCGGGUGGAACAACUCCCAUUUGAGGAUAUAAUGAAGGAAUAGGAAUACCACCCAUCAAUGGUUGAGUAAUUCCAACACCUCUAGUUGGUGCAACUAAAGCUAUCAAUGAAUAUAUUAGUAUUAAAUAUAAUAAAAAUAAAAUAAAACAAACAUGGAUUUGCUUGUGGACCAGCAGUAAUAACUGAAGUAUUUACAACGUUUGGAACAAAAGUGGUGGUGAUAAAACAGUAUAUCCUUGAAUACAAUCACCUCGUAAUAACAUCAUUCCUAAAGACCUUUCAAUCUCUUUUUCUUCACGUGUUUUUUUAUUAAUAACUGUUCUUUUUUCAAUAGUUUCAGAUAAAAUCAUAUUCAUAUAUUUAUCAAAUGCUAAAAAUUUACCAACAAAAUUUCUUCCUUCAAUGGUAGUAACUUUUAUUGUAUAAUUAAUAUAUUUUGAUAUUUUACUGCUUUUACAUGCCAUUUCAACUUAAUUUCUUAAUUA